GCUCCCACCCACAGCCUAAAGCGCCCAGCGAUCUCCCCGCCGCCGCCUCCUCGUUCGCGCUCGCCUUUUCUUCCCCUCCCUUCCCUCGAUUGUCCAACAAAGUCGCACUACCAGCACCAUCUGCUCCCCCCGCCUGCCUCCUCCCUCCGCGACACGCUGUGGCCGCUUCCACGUCCACCGUCAUUUUGCUGCUCACAGCUCCCCGUCUCCUGGGUUGCCAUUACGACACCGACCUUGGCGGGUCGGUUCUAUGUGAUUGCUUGCGGCCCUUCCUUUUACCCGGCCCGGCAGGCCCCAGCCGACCUGUCCAUAUCCCUCCUUUUAUCUAUCUGUAACGGCUGGACUUCCAAAUCAAAAGAAACGGCUGCCGACAUAGCAGGUUUUGUUUCGCCUCGGGAGAUCUAUAAAUAGUGUGGGUGAGGGAUAAAUAAAAGUGAUGCCUCCUGUAUCUCCUCUCCUCUUAAGGCCACCCAUCUCCGCCUCUGUAGUUCUCUGGAUUAGCAAGAGGAGAAUAAAUGCAAUGGCUAAGCCUAUAUGCUCAAGGUUUAUUCAUUUGGAAGAUUCUCAAGAUGUGGCAAAUGCUUCAAAUGGUUUUAAAUUUCGCUUCAUCUCCUAUAACAUUCUGGCACAGGUUUAUGUGAAGAGUUCUUAUUUUCAGCAUUCUCCAUCUUCCUGUCUCAAGUGGAAAGCUCGUUCACAAGCUAUUCUAAUGGAUUUCAAGAACUUUGAUGCUGAUUUUCUUUGUAUACAGGAGUUGGAUGAGUACAGUACCUUUUACAAAAGUAACAUGGAGAACCUUGGAUAUUUAAGCCUUUAUAUUAAAAGAAGUGGACAGAAACGUGAUGGUUGCGGGAUCUUUUACAAACCUAGCAGUGCACAGUUGCUCCAAAUGGAGGAAAUUGAUUAUAACGAUCUUGUUAAUUGUGCGAGUGCCCUAAAUGAGAUAGGCAACAACAAAGUAUUGGAUCUUGAAACUAGGGAUGCACCAAUAGAAGAGUUAUCAAGGAAGCACCAAUCUGACGAUCCACAUGUGAGAUUAAAACGUGACUGUGUGGGUUUACUAGCAGCAUUUCAGCUAAAUGAUUCAUCAAAUCACAUUAUUGUUGUGGCAAAUACUCACAUUUAUUGGGAUCCAAAUUGGGCUGAUAUAAAGCUUGCACAAGUGAAGUACCUUCUAUCCCGGCUUUCGCAGUUUAAAGAACUUGUUUCAAAUAAGUUCACUUGUAUACCUUCAGUGCUUGUUGCAGGUGAUUUUAAUUCUACUCCUGGAGACGAGGUCUAUCGGUACCUUGUAUCAGCUUCAGAAGUUGCACCUAUCCAAUUGCGUAGUCUUUACGCGGCACAUGGAGGGGAGCCAACAUUCACAAACUGUACCCCUGACUUUACGGGAACACUGGAUUAUAUUUUUUUGUCAGGUAGCCGCCUGAGAGCAGUGAGCCUGCUAGAAGUGCCUGGGCCUGAAUCUGCUGAUGUCAUUGGUGGACUGCCCAAUCACCACCAUCCUAGCGAUCAUCUACCAAUUGGUGCCGAUUUUUCAGUCCUUCAAAGUCCAUGACAAAAAUAUGUACUUCAUUGAGUUGAAAUGGAUGGUAGAGAACAACAUUUGGCAUAUGCUGUCUCCACCUAAUGUAAUUUCACUGGUAAUAUAUGCGCAUCCAAAUGGUGUUGUCUGGA